AAAAUAAAAUGACAGGAGCUAAAUAUGUUGACUGGAUUGAAAAGCAAUGGGGCAUUAGGGUCGAUGAAAGUACAAUUUCUCGAAUUUUAAAAACUAGUGACAAACAACUUACUAUCGAAGUUCUUAACCCUAAUGCUAAACGACACAGAUCUGUUACUGUUCCAGAAGUUGAGAUUGUGCUUAAAGAAUUUGUCCUAAUCUAUUAA